AUGGCAGCAGGGGCAGACAGCCAGGCGUACACUGGCCCAGACUCCAAGCAGCACUCCCCACAGAACCCCGAAACCCCACCGGGGCCCCUGCCCAAGGGCAAUGCGCCCCAGGGAUCCCAGACCCCAGGACCCACCCCAGACCCACCCUGCAGUAGGGCCAGGCAAUGCCCAAAACCCCCCGGCGCCAGCACCAGCACCCCCACCCCGACACCGGCCCCCGAAGGACUCCCCCCCGACACCGGUCCCACAACACCAAUCCGAAGAAGAAGAAAGCCACACAACACAAAGAACGGCCGCAAACAAGCCAGUGCCCAACACCUACCGCCACACUGCGAGAACCCCUCCACCCAGAUGCUUCUCCCCAGAAAAGUCAACAUGCCUGCCCUCCCAGGAGACAGGCAAGCCCGCCGAACAGGAAUCCCUCCGGCAGCGCACCGCCGGCAUGCGGGGGCCCGAGCGGCCCCAACAGACAACAUCAGAAGGCCGAUAUGGACGAACCGACGGCACCAACCAAGCCCCCAGGCGGAUUCCCCCACCCAAAAACACAACGAAACCACUCCGCCCCCACCGACCACAGCAAACACAGCCGCAAGGCAAAGCAAAGGACAGAGCAGCCCCACCCGGCGCACGCCAGAGAGCCAGAGCAGCAAGGCCGCCCCAGCAGCCGGCACAAGCAGCAAAAAGAAAGCAGCAGACGCGCCCCCACCACCCCCGCCGCGCCCGGCGCGAAAGCCGCACGACCCACCCCGCUCCGGCCCCGCACCGCCCACAGAACCCUCAAACUCCCAGGCCUCUGGUAGAGGACCCGAGCUCGAGGAUGACAGAUACCACCCCACAAGGGAACUCCCCUCUGGUUCCUCGCCUCUGCAUUUGGGUCUUCAAAACCUCAACCAAACCCUGACAGAGAGGGAUUAA